GGUGGAUAACAAGCUGAACUAAUUCCCGAGUCGCGGAAGUCGUAGCGAGGGAGAAAGAGGGGAAAACAAACCAACUGAUUCCUAUUGAGCACAAACCCUAAUUUCGACGAUCUGAUGGAGAACGACAAGCAGAUCGAAUCUCACCACCGCAAGCACCACCGUUCGUCUUCACCGUCCGACGAGGCCGAUAAAUCAUCGAAGCGGCACAAGCACCGUCAUCACAAGCACCACCACAAGCGCCAUCACCGACAUCACCGUGAUAAGAAGCGCGACGAUGAGACGGAACUGAUGGAUGUUACUCCGAUUGGAGAUAGUCACGGCGGUGAGGAUGACGUUGAGGAGGGGGAGAUUCUAGAUGAAGAAGGGCUCGCCAAUGUUAAGACGCCAGAUUCCGACGGCGAAUCAGGCGAAAUCAAAUCCGAUGAAUUUCAAGGCGACGAUCUGACUGUCGAUGGGGUUUCUGUUGCUCGGAAUGCCGAGACUUCUAAUGGUGUUCUAACUCGUGAAUCUGAAAGGAAGGACAAGAGGUGGUAUAAAGAGUAUGGAGGUCCUUCAGACAGAGUUGGUAAGAGAAGUGAUGAUAAUGGGAGGAGCUCACUUUCUUUGGAAAACUCUGAGGAGAAGCGUAAGAAUAGUAACUGGUCUCCGACAAACAGCAGGCAGUCUAACGAAGUCCGUGCUCGGAGUAGGUCUAGGUCACAUGAUCGGGAGAGGGAAAUGUCAAGAUCAAGGCGUGUUGCGGCGGAUGAGUUUCCGGUCAGAGGGAGACAUCAUGAUCCGAGUAGGGGUUAUCUAUGUGAAAGAGUUGAAGCAGGGAGAACUGAGGACAGUUAUUAUCGACGUGGGCGAUAUGGGGAAGAUGACAGGCAAUAUGGUCGAGAAAUCUUGGAAAGAGAAAGAAGUAAGGAGAGGGAUAUGGUCCGGGAGGGAAGCAUACGAGAUAAAGAUUCAGAAAGAAGUAAACGGAGAGAGAGAGAUAGUGAACGUAGAAAGGAAAGAGAACGAGAGAGUAGGAGGAUGAAUGAGGUUGAGCGUGAAAGGCUAAAAGACUAUGAACGGGAGCGUAGCAUUGAUAGGGAUAGGAGAAGGGAAAGGGAAAGACGAGGUAGGAGCAGUGAUUGGGAUAGGAGAAGGGAGAGGGAAGAAGAUUAUGUUCGAGACAGAGACAAUGAAAGAGGUAAGAGUAGAGAUAGAACAAGGUAUGAAAGUAGAGAGAGGGAGAGAGAAAAGGAAAGGGAGAAUGACAAAGAUUGGGACAAAGGAAGAGAACUCAAGACUGAUAACGAGAAGUAUAAAAGUGUUGAUGUGGACAACGGGGAAAGGUAUUCUCUCAAUAGUCCUAACCCUUGUGAAUAUUUCAUUACAGAUGAUAAAGCUUUGUUAUAUUGUGUGGCUCCUAACUAUUUUGCGAUCACGUCCAGAAAUGAGGAUGCUCAAAAUGAUAAUGACGAAGGAGUUAUAUGGAAAUCUCCGGAGGAAGAAGAAGAAGAACUAAACAGAAUCAAGGAGGAGAGUAGGAAGCGAAUGGAAGCCAUACUGGAGAAAUAUAAGAAGAAGCCCGAUCAGCAAAACGAACUUUCUUCGCAGGAUAAGGGGAAAGAUGAUGUUAAAGAAAAUGGUGCUCCAGAUUCGGCUUCUUCCCCUAUUGUCAUAGCUGCUAAUGCUGAUCCAGCCAAAGAUAACUCGGACAUUUAUGCUAUAGAUAGUGAUGUUGCCAAAACAUCAUUAACAACUGGUGCGCCACCUACUAUGUUUGGAAUUUCUCACCCAGAGAGGACUUUAGCUCCAGCCGGGCUUGGCGAAGGUAGCCCGAAGAGUGAAAGAUCAGCUGACAUGUUUCAUGAUGAUAUAUUUGGAGAGUCCCCAGCUGCUAAUGAAAAAGUGGACCACACGCGAGGGAAAGGUGAUGGUGUUCCGAUGGUAAGGAGCGGGCUUUAUGAUAAUUGGGAUGAUGCAGAGGGCUAUUACAGCUAUCAGUUUGGCGAGCUAAUUGACGGUAGAUAUGAAGUCAUUGCUACACAUGGAAAAGGUGUCUUCUCUACUGUGGUUCGUGCUAAAGAUUUAAAAGCUGGACCAGCUGAACCUGAAGAAGUGGCUAUAAAAAUUAUUCGUAACAACGAGACAAUGCAUAAAGCUGGCCAGACUGAGGUGCAGAUAUUGAAGAAGCUGGCUGGUUCUGACCGAGAAGACAAGCGCCAUUGUGUUCGUUUUCUUUCAAGUUUUAAGUAUCGGAAUCAUCUUUGCUUGGUGUUUGAGUCGCUCCAUUUGAAUCUUCGUGAGGUCUUGAAGAAGUUUGGCCGCAACAUCGGUCUUAAACUCUCUGCGGUUAGGUCUUAUUCAAAGCAGCUGUUUAUUGCCCUUAAACACUUGAAGAACUGUGGGGUUCUUCACUGCGAUAUAAAACCUGACAACAUGCUGGUAAAUGAGAACAAAAACGUCUUAAAGCUUUGUGACUUCGGUAAUGCGAUGUUUGCUGGCAAAAAUGAAGUUACGCCAUAUCUUGUUAGUCGUUUUUACAGAUCCCCUGAAAUCAUUCUGGGGCUCACCUAUGACCAUCCUCUGGAUAUAUGGUCAGUUGGCUGCUGUCUAUAUGAGCUAUAUUGUGGGAAAGUUCUUUUCCCUGGCGCCACAAAUAAUGACAUGUUACGCCUUCAUAUGGAACUGAAAGGCCCCUUCCCCAAAAAGAUGCUUCGUAAGGGAGCAUUUAUUGAUCAGCACUUUGAUCAUGACUUGAACUUUUACGCUACAGAGGAGGACAAUGUUAGUGGAAAGAUGAUGAAGAGAAUGAUCGUAAAUGUAAAGCCGAAAGAUUUUGGUUCAAUUAUUAAAGGUUACCCUGGUGAGGAUCCCAAGAUGUUAGCUCAUUUCAGGGAUCUCUUAGACAAAAUUUUCAUCCUUGAUCCCGAGAAGAGGCUGACUGUAAAACAGGCAUUAGCUCACCCAUUCAUCACUAGCAAAUGAAACUACGUUGCCGUUUUCUCUUCUCUGUUAUAUCAGGAAAUGCUGUUGUCCUCUGUACAUUAUACAAAUCUUAAUUUUAAUUCGAGGUUCUAAUCUUUGAACUGUCUCCAUCUUCUUUCUGCUGCUUGAGUGCUUUGGUUACAAUGUUGGCGUGGGUGGAGCUCUCACCGUUGGCGAUUCUCAAUGGGAAUUUACUGGUUUUAUUGACAUCUACCAUGGCUUAGAGACAGUCCUAAAGUCUUUCAAUGCUUUAAAGGCACACAGGAGAAGGUUUGCUUGGAGGAGAGAGCCGCGCAAGGAAACAAAAUAUGAAGGGCCGUACUCUCUCUCCUCCUGCAAGUUUGGUAAGUAUGUCGCGCUUUAUGUGUUGUGUGCCUUCUCCUGUCAUGAUAUGGCCACAACUUUUGUUGAUGUGGAUGUUUCACAUUUUUGUCCAUAGCAUGGUAGAAGUCUUGGAGUUUAAUUUAUUGAUCGGUUCACUUUGGUGGGCUAAGGUUAGUAGUCCGCAAGGGAAAAAAUGAAUUAGUUAACCUUGCACAUAUCGUCACUCUUGAUUUUUUUAUUUUUGAUAACGUAGAAGUUUUGUCAGUGUAGCGGAUGCGAGUAGGCCGAUUCAGUUUUUGUUCUUGAUAGUGCAUAGGGAAGAAGUGAAGCUCGAUGUUUUAUGUAGUAGAUUGAGUCUGUAAUGCUUAAGAUUGUAGAGAGGUUAUAGGAAGAAGAUACAACUUUGGCGAUGGUUUUGAUAUUAACUCAUGCCUUUUUAUGGUUAGGGUACUUUUGUCUGUACUGCCAAUGUUAAACUCAAGUGUAGUGACAGCAUAAUUCACAAUCUUAUUCAAACCAUUGGGCAUCUAUGACAAAAUUGGCCAUCGCCGUA